GGCAGCGCCUGGCGCCGCUGGGCGCAGUGACAGCGCCCCCCGGCCCCGCCGGCCCCCGCCUCCCGCCGCCGCCGCCUGCGAUGCUCAGUCAUGAAACGCGUACGCACAGAACAGAUUCAGAUGGCAGUGUCCUGCUACCUCAAGCGCCGUCAGUAUGUGGACUCGGAAGGUCCCCUAAAACAAGGGCUGAGGCUGUGUCAGACUGCUGAAGAGAUGGCAGCUAAUCUCACAGUCCAAUCUGAAUCUGGUUGUGCCAACGUUGUGUCUGCAGCUCCCUGCCUGGCAGAGCCACAGCAAUAUGAAGUACAAUUUGGACGAUUACGCAAUUUUCUCACAGAUUCAGAUUCUCAGCACAGCCAUGAAGUGAUGCCUCUUCUGUAUCCCCUCUUUGUCUACCUCCAUCUGAACAUGGUCCAGAAUGGCCUAAAAAGCACAGUGGACAGUUUUUACAGCCGCUUCCAUGGCAUGUUCUUGCAGAACGCCAGCCAGAAGGAUAUCAUUGAGCAGUUGCAGACUACCAUGACUAUUCAAGAUAUCCUGUCCAACUUGAAGCUCCGGGCUUUUCUGGACAACAAGUACGUCAUCCGCCUUCAAGAGGACAGCUACAACUACCUUCUUCGCUACCUCCAAAGUGACAACAACAACGCCCUUUGCAAAGUCCUGACUUUGCACAUUCACCUGGAUGUGCAGCCUGCCAAGAGGACUGACUACCAGCUCUACGCCGGUGGGAGCUCCUCACGCAACGAGAGCAACGGGCUGGAACCCAGCGAUGUGCCGGCUUCCAUUCUGCAGAACGAGGCGGCGCUGGAUUUACUGCAGGACAGCAUUAAACGUGUCAAGGACGGGCCCCCUUCCUUAACGACCAUCUGUUUCUAUGCCUUCUAUAACACGGAGCAGUUGCUGAACACUGCAGAGAUUUCACCAAAUAGCAAGCUGCUUGCUGCUGGGUUCGAUAAUUCGUGUGUGAAGCUGUGGAGCCUGCGUUCCAGGAAGUUAAAAUCUGAGCCCCACCUUGUUGAUGUGUCCCGCAUCCGUUUGGCUUGUGACAUCCUGGAUGAGGAGGAGGAAGACGACGACAGUGCAGGCACAGAAAUGAAGAUCCUGAGAGGACAUUGUGGACCUGUGUAUAGCACCAGGUUCCUUUCAGACAGUUCGGGACUCUUAUCUUGUUCUGAGGACAUGUCCAUCAGAUACUGGGACCUCGGAAGUUUUACAAACACUGUGUUGUACCAAGGACAUGCCUAUCCUGUCUGGGAUUUGGAUAUUAGCCCCUGCAGCCUGUACUUUGCCAGUGGUUCCCAUGAUCGCACUGCAAGGCUCUGGUCAUUUGAUCGGACGUACCCGCUGCGAAUAUACGCAGGCCAUUUGGCGGACGUAGACUGUGUCAAGUUCCACCCCAAUUCCAACUACUUAGCGACAGGCUCCACGGACAAAACUGUGCGCUUGUGGAGCACUCAGCAAGGCAACUCGGUGCGUCUUUUCACCGGGCACCGUGGCCCCGUGCUAGCGCUUGCGUUUUCUCCCAAUGGUAAGUACCUGGCAUCAGCAGGUGAAGACCAGCGGCUAAAGCUGUGGGACUUGGCGUCAGGAACUCUUUACAAAGAACUGAGGGGGCACACGGACAACAUAACCAGCCUUACUUUUAGCCCUGACAGUAGUUUAAUUGCUUCAGCGUCGAUGGACAAUUCAGUCCGGGUCUGGGACAUUCGGAACACUUACUGCAACGCCCCUGCAGAUGGGUCUUCCAGUGAACUGGUUGGUGUAUAUACUGGACAAAUGAAUAAUGUACUGAGCGUACAGUUUAUGGCCUGUAAUCUUCUUCUAGUGACUGGAAUUGCACAAGAAAAUCAGGAACAUUAAAUUUUUUUUUUUUCUUA